AUGGGGAAGAACAAAAGCAAGGAUGGUGGCAAAACGAGAAGCGAAAGCGAGCACUCUGCCUCCACUGUCUUCGUCUCCAACUUGCCCUACUCUUUCACCAACUCUCAGCUGGAGGAGACAUUCAGCGACGUCGGACCAAUUAGGCGGUGCUUUCUGGUUACCCAGAAGGGGUCAACUGAGCACCGUGGUUUUGGUUAUGUUCAAUUCGCUGUCACAGAAGAUGCUAAUCGUGCUAUUGAGCUAAAGAAUGGUUUGUCCAUUGGAGGUCGAAAAAUUGCAGCCAAACAUGCCAUGCAUCGUGCUUCCCUUGAACAACGAAGAUCAAAGACAAAUCAAGGACUCGACUUGGAUGAGACCUUGAAGUCAAAAAAUGACAAGGAUGGUGAAAAUUUCAAAGCAGAAAAGGAUGCUUCGAGCUUGCAGGAAAGAGAGAAACCUGUGAAGGCCAGAAAAACAGCUGCACUUUGUAAUGAUGCAGUGGCAAAAGUGGGUGGUUCAGAAAAGCAGAGGGUUGCUAGGACAGUCAUAUUUGGUGGUCUUGUUAAUGCUGGUAUGGCAGAAGAAGUUCAUCGUCGAGCCAGGGAGAUUGAUGCCGAAUGUUCAAUAACUUAUCCUCUUCCCAAAGAAAAGCUUGAACAACAUGGUCUGAUGCAAGAUGGAUGCAAAAUGGAUGCUUCAUCUGUACUUUAUAACAGUGUUAAAUCAGCACAUGCUUCUGUUGCAACGUUACACCAAAAAGAGAUUAAAGGCGGAAUUGUUUGGGCACGCCAGCUGGGUGGGGAGGGUGCCAAGACUCGGAAAUGGAAGCUCAUUGUUAGAAAUAUUCCUUUCAAGGCCAAAGAGAAUGAAAUAAAAGAGAUAUUUUCAUCAGCAGGAUUUGUCUGGGAUGUAAUUAUACCACACAAUUCUGAUACAGGGUUACCUAAAGGCAAUAAAAAGUUAAAUGGACAAAUGCUUCAUAAAAGACCCAUAGCUGUUGACUGGGCUCUUUCGAAGCAGAUAUACGGUAGUGUGACUGUAAAAAACGCUCUUCUUGCUUCAGACGAUGGACAAAAGGAUGGAAGUGAGGGAGAAAAUGAUAGUAGCAGUGAAGAUUUAGAGGGUGAUGAUGGGCAUUUCAGUAAAAAGUCUGAGCACCAUGAUGGAAUCGACAGCGAUCCUGAUAGCUCUAAUACCAUAGAGAAGAAAGACAUCCCUACUGAAAUAAAUUUUGAAGAGGAAGUGGACAUUGCAAGAAAAGUUCUAAAGAACUUGAUCGCACCAUCUGCUACAGAAACUCCUCAUGAUGAUCUCGCACUGCCCCAAGGGGACAAGGAGCCAUCUAUUUUUGAAUCUUCUGAGGAGCCCAGUAAAUCAUCUUUUGAGACUGCAAAAGCAUCAGACGUUACUAAGCCUGAAAAGUUAAGCAAAAGCAUGGCACCAAAUCUUGAACAGACAGAUGAAGAGGAUGAUUUGCACAGAACAAUUUUCAUAAGCAAUCUUCCUUUUGAUAUCAAUAACGAAGAUGUCAAACAAAGGUUUUCUACCUUUGGGGAACUUCAAUCUUUUUUCCCGGUCCUUCAUCCAGUCACCAAGCGACCAAAAGGAACUGGCUUUCUCAAGUUUAAAACAAAAGAUGCAGCCAGUUCUGCAGUUUCAGCGGGGAAUGCUGCAUCUGGCCCGGGGAUUUCUCUUAAGGGCAGACAAUUGACGGUCUUGCAGGCUUUGGAUAAAAAAUCGGCUCAUGAUAAGGAAUCAAAUAUGGCCAAAAAAGAGGAUCUGGACCGCCGCAAUCUCUAUCUGGCAAAGGAAGGUCUUAUUCUUGAGGGAACUCCAGCUGCAGAAGGGGUUUCGGCUAGUGAUAUGUUGAAACGCCAAAUGGAGGAGAGGAGCAAGAUGAUGAAACUUCAAUCUCCAAAUUUUCAUGUCUCGAAGACAAGAAUAUUUAUAAAAAAUUUGCCGAAGUCCAUGACUGCAAAAGAACUAAAAAAACUUUGUAUUGAUGCUGUUACCUCACGAGCUACAAAACAAAAACCUGUGAUCCAACAGAUAAAGUUCUUGGAGGAUGUGAAGAAAGGAAAGCUUGUCGCAAAGAAUUUCUCUCGUGGAGCUGCUUUCGUUGAAUUUACAGAGCAUCAGCAUGCACUUGUGGCCCUGAGAGUUUUGAACAACAAUCCUGAAACUUUUGGUCCUGAGCAUCGCCCAAUUGUGGAGUUUGCACUUGAGAAUGUUAAAAAAUUGAAUAUACGAAAUGCUAAGAUACAAGCACAGCAGCAUGCAGCUCAUCGUAAUCGGGAAAACGUGCAUCAAAAUGAAGGCUCAAAUAGACCAGAUACUCAUCCAAGCAAGAAGUCCAAAAACUCGAAACAAAAAGGGGAGAAGCGAAAAUUGGAUGAUUCAGUACCAAAUAAAGAAGAAGUCGAAAAUAAGUCUAGUGAUGGAGCUGCCACCGAAAGACAGAGAGGUUCUAAAAGGCAGAAAAAUGGUCCAUUUGGAAAGGAAAAAAAGAUUGUAUCGAAGGUAUCAGAACACUCAACAACAGAGAAGGCGGAAGGCUCAAAACGUGAACCAAACAAUCAUCAAGAUGGCAGGAAGGCUGGUGGUGGAAGAUCAUCCGAAGGUGAAACCGUUGCCUUGGAUGUGCAAAAAUCAAAACCUUUGAGAAAGACAAAUGUGCAACCUAAUAAAAGGAAGCUACAUGAGCAGAAAGAGGUAGAGGGGGGAGAGAAUGUGACGAGGAGACAAAGACCAAAGAAGAAUAAGGACCCAUUAGGACGGGAUGUUACAGAUAAACUCGACAUGCUGAUUGAGCAAUAUAGAUCCAAGUACUCGCAACGGAGCUCCGUCCAAACUGAUGGUGAAAAGCAAGGUUCCCGAAAGCUUAGAAAAUGGUUCCAAACAUAA